ACUUCCGGACUCCCGGGUAGGGAGGAGCCCCGGGUCAGCAAUGCCAACUGUCCUAACACCCAACACACGGCCGGUGAGGAAAAAGCGCUCGGCCCAGGGUUCCCUCCCCUGCCUUGGGGUGCAUCUGCUCAAACUCUUCCAGUCCCUCAAGCAGAAAUGGUGUGGGUUCUGGGCCAGAACCCUCUUGCAGUGACUCAAAGCCGCCAACCGUGCCGGAAGGACAGGGUGGAUGGCCCUUAGCCUCCUCUCCCUUCUGAACUGGUUCACGCCACCCCAGUGGCUUCAGUCCCGGGUGCUGUCGUCUUUUCCGUGUGACUCCCCUCCGCUUUGCUUCUCAUACUUCCUCUGGUUUUCCUGCCUCCCUCUUCCGCGGUGGGAUGCAAAGCUGGACCAAGGCCUCCCGGGAAGAGCUCUGCCAUCAAAGAACACAGCACAGGGCCAGGCCCGGCCCAUGGACCCUUCUCCAGACAACCCGACGGCACCAGUGGGGCUGCUCUCCUAAGCCACAGAGGGCCUGGGCACACGGUCCUCUGGGAGGAGCCAUGGUGUUUAGGAGGGGCAGGGGCAGCUCCCAGUGGUGGCCUGGACUGGGAGGUUGCCCUGGCCCCCUAGGCAUGUUCAGGGCUUUCUUGCUACUUGUCAGCCUGCCUUUGGGAGCCCGGGGAAUAGCCACUGCCAACCUCAGCACAGCUCUGGGCCAUACUGUGCCGCUGACAGGGGGCCAAUACUUGAGCAUUGGGGAUGGCUCUGUGAUGGAAUUUGAAUUCCCAGAAGAGAGCGAGGGCAUCAUUGUAAUCUCGAGCCAGUACCCAGGCCAGGGCAACAGGACAGGGCCUGGCCCCAUGCUGAGGGUCACCUCCUUGGACACAGAGGUGCUGACCAUCAAGAAUGUGAGUGCCAUAACCUGGGGCGGUGGGGGCGGCUUUGUGGUGAGCAUCCACUCGGGCCUGCCUGGGCUGGCCCCACUCCACAUCCAGCUCCUGGACCCCCACGAGGCCCCACCCAUGCUAAUUGAGGAACGGAGAGAUUUCCGCAUCAAGGUCUCACCUGCUGAAGACACCCCCACCACCCUUGGCACCGACUUGGUCCACUUCUCGGAGAACCCAAUACUCUACUUGCUCCUGCCUCUUAUCUUUGUCAACAAGUGUUCAUUUGGGUGCAAAGUAGAACUCGAGGUUCUGAAGGGGCUCCUGCAGAGCCCCCAGCCCAUGCUGCUGGGCCUCCUAGGCCAGUUCCUGGUCAUGCCCUUCUAUGCUUUCCUGAUGGCCAAGGUCUUCAUGCUGCCCAAGGCCCUGGCUCUAGGCCUCAUCAUCACCUGCUCGUCGCCUGGCGGCGGGGGUAGCUACCUCUUCAGCCUCCUCCUUGGAGGGGACGUCACCCUGGCCAUUUCCAUGACUUUCAUCUCAACAGUGGCUGCCACCGGUUUCCUGCCAUUGUCCUCAGCCAUCUACAGCCGCCUGCUCAGCAUCCAUGAAACACUUCACGUGCCCAUCUCCAAGAUCCUGGGGACCCUGCUGUUCAUCGCCAUCCCCAUAGCAGCAGGCGUGGUGAUCAAGUCCAAGCUCCCCAAGUUCUCCCAGUUGCUGCUGCAGGUCAUCAAGCCCUUCAGCUUUGUGCUUCUCCUGGGUGGCCUCUUCCUGGCCUACCGCAUGGGGGUCUUCAUCCUGGCAGGCGUCAGGCUGCCCAUCGUGCUGGUGGGCCUCACAGUGCCCCUGGUUGGCCUCCUGGUGGGCUACUGCCUGGCCACAUGCCUGAAGCUGCCAGUGGCCCAGCGGCGGACGGUCAGCAUUGAGGUAGGGGUACAGAACAGCGUGCUGGCCUUGGCCAUGCUGCAAUUGUCCCUCCGUCGCCUUCAAGCAAACUACGCCUCCCAGGCCCCCUUCAUUGUAGCACUGAGUGGCACCUCAGAAAUGCUGGCCUUGGUCGUUGGCCACUUCAUCUAUAGCAACCUCUGCCCAGUCCCCUGAGGCCCCUGGGUCAAGCUUUCACCACCCUUCGCCCCCACCCUCCACCCACUGUACCCACACUUCUUGUGUACCAAAGGCCUUCAGCUCUCAUGCACUAUGCACUCAGAAAAAAAAUCCAGGCUUAUUUUUUUUACUGGUUUUUUAUUCUCCAGCUUUCAGUGCCAAAGAGGCCAUGCUGAGUUAGGUAGGUGGGCACUGCUCAGAAAAUAUAUUUCAAUAAAAGAGAGAAGCAAGCUUGGG